GAUUUAGUUUUGGGGGUGGGAGGUUGGUGAAUUGAUGGGUAGAUGAUUAAGAAAGUAUGGAGAUAUUUUGAUUUUAAAUAAAAAGUAAAACAGAUGGGCAGCUAAUAAAGGCACCAUAUAUCCAUAUUCCCAUCAUAGCACCCUUUUCUUUCUCUUCUCUCUCACCCUCAAUGGAGUCCACCCCCGACACCCAAACGCCGUCGCUUUGGACAGAUGAGAAGCAUCUUCACUACCUCAACACCAUGGAAGCCUCCUUCGUCCGCACAAUGCUCCACCACUACGCCGUCGUUUCACCCCUCCGCCUCGACCGUUACCUUCCCGACACCUCCGAAUCCACCUUGGAUUCCAAGCCCAAGAAACAAGCAACCGCAGGUACCCCACCACCACGCACUUCUCUCUGUCUCCUUCACCAGAUUCAAUGGGUGGUAGUAGGGGCAGAAGAACGAAGAGGAGAUCAUCAUCAAAAAAUAAGGUGCAGAAUUCAUCACCAGCGGAGGAGCAGGGAGUAACGGGUGAUUUACGUAUGUCCCCACAGGACGGCUCAAAACUAGAAAAGGGAAUAGAAAGUGCUGCUUGCGGUCAAGGAGGGGAUGAUAAAGAACCGAUUGAGAACUGAUGUAUGUUUAGGGUACCCCUUUGGAAUCUGCCAGCAAAGAAAGAUUCAUGGAUUUUCUUUUUUCUUUUUAUUACCAAUUUUCUUCCCGUCUCUCUUUCUCUCUCUUUGCUUUCUAAUUUUUUUGUUAUUUUAACUUCUUCUCAACGUUUAUCUGGUAUUUUUCUUUUGGUCCAAAUCAAUAUCUUGUAUCGCGGCAAUGUUUGGUCACUCAUUUUCUUUUCAUUUUUUCUGCUAUUUUUUAUUUUUAUUUUUUAGUGCUUCUUAUAUUUAGUUGGUAUUGUUUAUUAAACGGUUUUCUCCUUUCGAAAGAAGCUUGCAAGAGUGUGCAGUAAGAGCAAGAAUUUGAAUAAAGUAUUAUUUCGAUAACAAGAUACUAUUGUGCAUCUA